GAACAUGGCUCUAAAAUUAAACCUUUUCCUCUACAUUCUCUCAAUCGCCAUUUUCGCAGAAAUGGCUGCUGGAGUCGACCUCUUUAAGCCCGUCGACCACGUUUGCGGCUUUCCAGAUAACAGGAACUUUACUAGCGGCAGCGAGUAUGAAAACAACUUGAACUUCAUCUUACACGAUCUUUCCAACAAAACUCCCGCAACCGGGUUCGGUCUUGCAUAUGCCGGGGGGGUGGAAAACAGUAACAGGGCUUAUGGCCGAGCUCAAUGUAGAGCGGACGUUUCAACAGCAGACUGCAAAACCUGCAUUUCUGAAAUGGUCAGAUGGGUUCGGGGGAAAUGUCCAUUUUAUAAAUCCGCAUUUGCUUGGUUCCAGGGUUGUCUUUUGAGAUACUCGGACGAUGAUUUCUUUGGCAAGAUUGAUGAUCCCAACUCGCUGGCAUUCUUCAUCUUGGAAAAAGAAAAUCUAAGCAACAUUGCACCCUUAGAAAAGGUGGAGGGAUUGUUAAAUCAACUUGCAGGAGAAGCUUCCGCGUCUAAGGAGUUGUUUGCCAGAGGAGAGGUGAAGCUUGCAGGAUCGAAAAAUCUAUAUGGUUUGGUUCAAUGCACCUUGGACCUUUCCCCAGCAGAUUGUAAGACUUGCGUUGAUGGAUUGGUUAGUAUAGUUCCUAAAAUUUAUGGGAACGGGACUCAGAUCUACACGUCAACUUGCACCCUACAAUAUUUGUUGUAUGCUUUCUUCAAUGCUUAAAAUGCAAAGGUGGCUAUGCUAGCUUCUGCAAUAUUCUACGUUGGAAUUGAAGAUAUUUAACAUCGUUCAGGUGUUAGAAGAAUGUGUGCUGUUGAUCAGUUAUGGUUGUCCGAGUUGUGAUUCCAAUUUGUUGCCUUUUGAUUUUCAACUUUGUUGAAGUUAUAUAAAUUUGGUAGGAAUACCUAGAUUUCCUAAUUCUUCUCCGAGGAGAAUCGCCUAUCACAUUAAGUGAUAUUUUUACGCAUGUAGCUUUUGAUCAGCAGUAAGUAUAGCUUGCUUAUCUUGGGUCC